CCAUACCAGAUGAGGACUGCGGCAGUGUUGUAGUCCCACCCUCGAUUACAGAGGCGUGGGACAGGCAGUACUACUUCCUCAGAACCGUCUCGUUCACGGACUCGCCAGAGCAACUCUGAUUCGUUGCGCCGAUGGCAUGAUCGAGUGACGCUGGGCGGACGAACGACAACGUCACUGCGCAGAGUGGUCUAUGUCUUCGUAUGGCCUCGAGGUUCCGUCAUAGGACAGCUGCAAGCCAGGUCGAGCAGUUCGUGGCAGCUAUGGCGUCUGUCUGCUAUUCGGCCGCUCAUGACUUGCCAUGCACUGCCGAAAGCAGCAUGGCGUGUGACCAACAACAUCUUCAAGCUUCGCUUGAUGGCAUGCGUCUCUCUUGCUGGCAGAAGAUGACGUUCCAGGCGUUUGCACGCAACCCGUGUCGGCAACGUACUGUUGCCUUCCCUGCUCGAGACUCAUGGCAAUACUCCUCGAUCGCGUUCAGCUCUCAUCUUGCAUUGCAGCACGUCUGCAUCGCCAUAGCCAUAAAUGCUGCGCUGGUGCUGUUUUGCUCCAGUUUGUCCGGCGAAGUUGCACUGAGCGCGGCUGAGCGGGCUUCGGGCGGGGAUGCCGAAUGAAGGGCGCGUAUGCGUUGUGCUGCAGCGGCAGCGACGGCUUCAUUCGGCGUCGCUCUAACGACUCUGAAUCGAUGCCUGCGUGUUGGUCGUGUCGAGGAUGUGGUCG